AGUUAACAGAAGCAAGCUGUUGAAUACAACUAAAAAGACAAAGACACUUCUCUUCUCAUCAUCCUCUCUCUCUCUCUCUCUCCUUUCUUCUCUUCUGGUCCCUCAACACAGCAUCACCAACAACAGCAACAGCAUCAGCAUCACCAACCAUUUUUCUCUUCCAAUUUCAGUGAAACAUAGAGAGAGAGAGCUUGUAAUUUGAUGGGUCACUGCUUUUCCUCUCUCUCACGCUCUGCACCUGCAUCUUCUUCCUUCAACAAGCCUCAAUACUCAGGUUCAGCUUCAGCGAGCACUGACAGCAAGAACGUGGGGUUCUCCACCACAACGAGCACUUUUGGGAAGAGCCAGUUCUCGGAGAUAGCGAGUGGAAGCAGCAGCUUUGGCGGUGGAGAAUCAGGGUCUCUUCCUCAUCUUUCACUGUAUGGCCAGAUUUUGGAUAGGCCAAAUUUGAAGGAGUUCAGUUUCUCUGACUUGAAAUCUGCCACCAAGAGCUUCAAAUCCGACACGUUGGGUGAAGGUGGGUUUGGGAGAGUUUACAAGGGUUGGUUGGAUGAGAAGACGCUUGCACCGGCCAAAGCAGGCUCUGGAAUGGUGGUUGCUAUUAAGAAAUUGAACCCUGAAAGCACACAAGGGUUUCAAGAAUGGCAGUCAGAAAUCAACUUUCUAGGGAGGCUUUCUCACCCCAAUUUGGUUAAGUUAUUGGGUUACUGUUGGGAGGAUGACAACCUUCUUCUUGUGUAUGAGUUUAUGCCAAAGGGAAGCUUGGAAAAUCAUCUAUUCAGAAGAAAUCCAAAGAUAGAACCACUUUCUUGGAACACCCGAAUUAAAAUAGCUAUUGGUGCCGCUCGGGGCUUGGCUUUCUUGCACACUUCUGAAAAAGUCAUCUAUAGAGAUUUCAAGGCCUCAAAUAUACUGCUCGAUGGGGAUUACAAUGCAAAAAUCUCAGAUUUUGGCUUGGCUAAAUUGGGGCCGGCUGGGGGACAAUCCCAUGUAACUACCAGGGUAAUGGGCACGUAUGGUUAUGCUGCUCCGGAAUACAUCGCAACUGGGCACUUGUAUGUGAAGAGCGAUGUGUACGGGUUCGGUGUGGUGCUGCUUGAAAUUCUCACAGGCAUGCGAGCACUGGAUACUACUAGAAGACCAACAGGGCAACAGAACCUGGUUGAAUGGGUAAAGCCAACCUAUCUCUCCAACAAAAAUAAGUUGAAAACCAUUAUGGAUGCUAAGAUACAGCGCCAAUAUUCACCAAAGGCUGCAUUCCAAACAGCACAGCUUAUUCUAAAGUGCCUUGAAAAUGACCCUAAACAUCGUCCUUCUAUGAAAGAUGUGCUUGACACAUUGGAAGCCAUUGAAGCUAUUAAGGUCAAGUCUAAGGAACCCAAGAAUUCCCAUUCUCAGCAACCUCCAAUUCAUGCCCGACACAGAGUUGUAAAAGUAUAACAUUUUUAAGAAAAUACAAUGUAAACUAAGGUCAAAUAGUAAACAUAGGUUGGAUCAGUGACUUAAUAGAUAUGAUUCUUUUUCCCUUUUAUCUUGUUUCGAUUGGAGAAGCCUUUUUACUACUCUAUGAUAUUUAUUUGUUGAAUUAUUCACAUUUUUACAUAGUUGGUAAUGUAUUAAGAAAGCAUACAGUUUUUUGUUUUAACAUGUUGUACUGUUAUUGGGCUUACAGCCUUUGUAGUCUUGCGGGCUUACCGAAUUUGUAUUAUUGGGUCAGGCGACCCAUGACCCAAACGGGUCAAAACCUUAUAAUAUAUAAAGAGGACACCGCCCAUGCGGUGGGGGAUCCAACACUUUUUACUCA